UCCUUCUUUCCUUUUCUUUCUUCUUCAAUCUCCAAUUUCUUCACUGUCAAUAGACAAAAACAGAGAAAUGGACACCUUCCUGUUCACAUCCGAAUCCGUCAAUGAGGGCCACUCUGACAAGCUGUGCGACCAAGUCUCCGAUGCCAUCCUUGAUGCCUGCCUAGAACAAGACCCUGAAAGCAAGGUUGCCUGUGAAACCUGCACCAAGACCAACAUGGUUAUGGUCUUUGGUGAGAUCACCACCAAGGCCACAGUCAAUUACGAGAAGAUUGUCCGUGACACUUGCAGAGGCAUUGGAUUUGUGUCAUCUGAUGUAGGUCUCGAUGCUGACAAAUGCAAAGUUCUUGUUAACAUCGAACAGCAGAGCCCUGACAUUGCCCAGGGUGUUCAUGGUCACCUCACAAAGAAGCCUGAGGAAAUUGGAGCUGGUGACCAAGGUCACAUGUUCGGCUAUGCAACAGAUGAAACCCCGGAGUUGAUGCCUCUCACCCACGUCCUUGCCACUAAACUUGGCGCCAGGCUCACUGAGGUGAGGAAGAACGGAACUUGCCCAUGGCUGAGGCCUGAUGGCAAGACCCAAGUGACUGUGGAGUACAGAAAUGAUGGUGGUUCCAUGGUUCCUAUCAGGGUCCACACUCUACUCAUCUCUACUCAACAUGAUGAGACUGUAACCAACGAUCAGAUUGCAAAGGAGCUGAAGGAGCAUGUGAUCAAGCCAGUUAUCCCAUCCCAGUACCUUGAUGAGAAGACCAUAUUCCACCUCAACCCUUCAGGUCGCUUUGUCAUUGGUGGCCCCCAUGGUGAUGCAGGGCUCACUGGCAGGAAGAUCAUCAUUGACACCUAUGGUGGAUGGGGUGCUCACGGUGGAGGUGCUUUCUCUGGCAAGGAUCCAACCAAGGUGGACCGUAGUGGUGCUUACAUUGUUAGACAGGCUGCCAAGAGUGUAGUGGCAUCAGGGCUUGCUCGUCGCUGCAUUGUGCAAGUUUCUUAUGCAAUUGGUGUGCCAGAGCCAUUGUCUGUGUUCGUAGACACAUACCAGACUGGGAAGAUUCCAGACAAGGACAUCUUGGCUCUUAUCAAGGAAAACUUUGAUUUCAGACCAGGAAUGAUUGCGGUUAACCUAGACCUCAAAAGAGGAGGUAACUUCAGGUACCAGAAGACUGCAGCCUAUGGGCAUUUUGGCCGUGCUGACCCAGAUUUCACAUGGGAGACUGUCAAACCUCUCAAGUAUGAUAAAGCAUGAGCCAGUACUGUUUUUUUAUGGUUUGGCUACUCCUCUCCUCUGAGGGAAGAAGAUAAAGCAUCCACAAGUUAACAUGUCCUAUCAGAUUAAUGUUCAACUUCAACCAUCCAGUUCAUAGAAACUGAAAAAGAAGAGCAGCAAGAUAGAAGACAAGUCCUAGCUUGCAAUUAAGCAGUAGUAGAUUAGGGGUUAUAGAAUUCAUUUCACCCAUCUCUUGUCUUUGUUUUCCUCACUUUGGGAUGUAGGCUUUUCUGCCAACAACACGUUAGUUGUUGCUGGGGUUUUUCAAAAACAAACUCUACCAUUGAUAAAUUUUCAGUACAUAAAAUUGCAUGCCUCUGUCUCCCCCACGGGGAUGCUGUUG